AUGUCCGGUCGUCAAGGUGGUAAAUUAAAACCUCUAAAGCAGAAGAAGAAGCAACAAAAUGAUGAUAUGGAUCCAGAGGAAAGGGCCUAUAAGGAAAAGCAAAAGGCAGAUGCCGCCGCUAAGAAGGCUAUGAUGCAAAAUAUCAAGGCUGGUAAGCCAUUAGUUGGUGGUGGUAUCAAGAAAUCUGGUAAGAAAUAG